AGACUAGGAUGAGUAACUGUGAAGGACCGAUGUCUUCGUACGAUUAGCUGUCCGAUCACAGGGUCCCAAGCGCUGUAGGAGGUUCAUAACAAUGGAUCUUCAGUCUCUUGGCUCUAUUCCACUAAACCCACAUCCAUUCUGUCAUGAAUCGUAUUCAGCACACAGAGAGGACUCAUCACUCCAUUCCAGGCUCGCAGUACGUGCUUCCCUCUGACGAACUCGAGCGACAAAGAUUGAAUUUACAACACCAGGUCAUACGGCGAACAUCUGGCGGGGCCCUUCUGUUUCCCUGUAUCCGUCUCUUAGGCAAUGAUCAAGUCCUAGAUUCGGGCACUGGUACAGGCAUCUGGCUUUUGGAGCUUGCACCCCAGUUACCUCCUACCGUUCGUCUCCAUGGUGUGGAUAUUAUAACACGACUUUUUCCCACCACAUAUCCCAACAAUAUCAAGUUCUCAGUUGAAAAUAUCACCCGACUUCCGUCGUCUUGGAGCAAUACCUUCACCUUGGUUCACCAAAGGCUAUUAUUGGCGGCGUUGCGCAAAGUGGAAUGGCCGAUUGCAAUCAGCGAGAUGUACAGGGUUAUCUCUCCUGGCGGUUGGGUUCAACUUUGCGAGGCCGGCUCCUGGCGUGCUGGUCCGUUCACCGCUCGGUUUCAAUCACUGAUGAGGACCUUGCUUGAUUCCAAGGGUUUAUUUAUGGACUGUUACAAAGCCAUGCCCUUGAUGCUUAGGAAUGCAGGCUUUGUUGAUGUCCGUGUCGAAGUGAUUCAAUUAUCACUUUGCGGCGCGGAGGGCAGCGAUGAUCGAAAAAAUAUGUGUAGCGUCUUUCGGGGUAUGAAGACCCCGAUCUUGAAUGUCGGCGGCUUCGGCUUUGUGAGUUCUGAAGCAGAAUUUGAUGCGUUGGUGAAUGGAGUCGAAGACGAGAUGGAGAAGACUGGCAGCGCCCAAAAGGAAUACUUCUUGUUCUGUGCUCGGAAGCCUUCAUUGUGAAUGAUGAAGGUCGAGCUGUAUUGUACGAACAUCUGUCCGGGCUUUUAUCCCCUACGCAAGCUGGCGUUGAUCGCCAUUAAACCUUCACAGACAUGAAUCCGACAGCUUUCUGACAAACCUCAACUGUUCGCAGCUGACCCGGCUGUCAGGCGCUUAAAUGAAGAUGCUUACGCGUCGUUUCGGCAACGAGACUGGCUCUUAGCCUUCUCCAUAUGUAUAUCGUUGAUCCAAGGGUCAUCAGUCUUUCGAGUUCUCGUCCU